GCAACAAUUUCCUAACGGCGUUAAGACCAUCCAAAAUGGCCUCUCUCUUCCUUCGACCCUCGUCUUCCUAGUUUCCCCCUCUGCAUCUCACCACUCAGUUGCCUUCGAUCCUCACCUUCUCUCUCUAGAAGCUUCCUCCCUUCUCGGAGGCUUUCGGAAAGGUGCGGCUUCGUUACAUCAGCUUUCCAUCUGCUCUGUUCGUAUGCAGAGAGUCGUAUUACUAUCAUAUACGCGGGAAACUCAAGGAUAUAUCGAUUAACGAAUUUCUAAAAGAAAGUUCCAGGGAAAAUCUGUAUUUACAAGUUAAUGGUGCAGAUUUGUAUCUGGGGAUGUAACUGGUGGUUGUGUUGAUAAAAAAGGUUAAGACUGUUGUAUAUUCAAGUAUGGGCGCUGUUUGUUGUGUUGCUUCCAAAGAUAAAGAUAAAACCAUACAAAGUGGAUCAACUAAUGAAGUUUUACAUAGAAACAAUCGCUACUCUCCAACAUGGAGUUUUCGCUGGGAUCAUCGAAGACGUGUAGCUGGUGAAGAUGCUUCUAUAAAUUGGCUUUCUGACGGUGUUAGCCAGAAUGAUGGAUCAGAAGACAAAAACGACUCAGCAUAUAAAUCAGAUGAUGGAUUAUCAUUGCAGACUUGUGAAGGUCAUAGAGGGCAAAAAUCACCAACUUCAGAAGGAACUGCUGAGCAUACAAGGACUUUUACUUCAGAUCAAUCUAAUUCAAGGAAUGUCUCCAUGGAUGUGAGUGUGGAGCAGGUGAAAGGGUCAGCAGAAUCAGCUAUAGUGUCAAGUACAUCCCCCUCAAAACCACCAUUUUCAAUGCCUUCAACGUCCUUUCUACCGUCUCCUCUCUCAUCCCAGAGUCAUCUACCUCCAGCAAGCCCAACCCCAUUAAGGCAACGCUGCCAUUCUCCUGGAAACCAAAUAUUGCUGCAAGUUUCUCCUGGACAAAUCCCAGGACCCAAGUCACCAAACAGUUUACCUGCUUCAGAACAAAGGUCUGUUUUCCCUUCUUGGAGCAAUGAAUCACAUAGGGGCUCCCAAGGUGGUUCUUCUGAUGGUUGGUCUAUACCUGGCUUUUCUGAGCCUAUGGGCACUUCUCAAGGAGGAAGAUGGUCAUUUGAUAGUGAGUCCUUUGGAUUUGAUGAUGAAAAGUUUGCUAGAACUAGUAGCCAGAUUUCAACUUCGUUCACAGAUCUGCAUACAUGUGGUGUUUGCUCAAAGCUUUUAACUGAGAGGUCUUCUUGGAGCACCCAAAAGAUAAUUGCUAAUAAUGAACUUUCAGUAGUUGCUGUUCUUGGCUGCGGACAUGUUUAUCAUGCUGAAUGUUUGGAGAGCAUGACGCCUGAAGUAAACAAGUAUGAUCCAACUUGCCCAAUCUGCACCUUGGGUGAGAAACAAACUCUUAAGUUGUCCGAAAAAGCUCUGAAAGCUAGAAUGGAUUUGAAGGCUAGAAACAAGAAGUCCAUGAACCGAGUUGUGGAUAGUGGUACCGAUGAUGAUUCAAUUGUGUUUGAUCACUUCAAGGGUGGUGGGAACCAAUGUAAAGUUUCACGGAUGCACUUGAAUUCCAGUGCAAGGAGCUCCUUUGGGAAACCCUUUCUAAGGCAUUUCUCAUUUGGCUCAAAGAGUCGCAAAGACUCAUCAGAUAAUCCCCCUGCAAGAAAAAAGGGGUUCUUUUGGUCAAAAUCUAGCAAGGAAUAGGAUGUGCCUACUGGCUUUUCACGGGCAGGCUAUGUUGUUGAUCUCCGCAAGCCCAGACAAAAGAUUAUGAUGAGGGGGUGCGGGAUGUUAUCUAGUAAGUUUUGAUUUUUGAACUCCAUUCUGUGAUUACAACAGGUUUAGAGGCUGAAGUUACUCUCUAAAAAUUAAAAAGUGGAAAAGGUACAGAAGGAUUGGUUUAAUAUAGAGAGAGUAAUGAUGUUUUGAGACCAAGGGUUGUUAUUAUGUACAGAUGGCUUAGUUUAUUGAAUGGAUACAUAGUAUUCAGUAUUCACACCCAAAUUACAUUGGGGAUCUGCUGAUGAUAUAUAGAUAAUGCUUGCUGUUUGCCUUUGGCGAGCUUCUGGUGUUGAGCAAAGUACCAAUGAUUUGUAUUGACUUAAAAGUCGAUCGCUUGUAACGAAACAACAGUUUUCAUUCAAGAGGACUGAUCAUAGAAUUUAA